CAAGGAAGGAUGAUGAAGCUAAGAUGGCAGAGCAACUGAGGGUGCUGCUUAUUCAGGGUCAAGAAAUACCCAAGGAACGUACAAAACCAGAAGUCAUCAUGACAUUUUUUUGAAAGAGAUUAUUUGAGAAAGACGAUAUAAUUAAGAGAAAGACGAUAUGGCUUGAGAUUCGGAAUUCCGGGGAGGACCGAGAAUUGGAAUCGCAUUUCGCAGUUGGACGGCGGUGUCUACAUUUUUGCCGUUUUCAGAAGACACUGGAUGUAACCGUUCUGUUAUUUCUGCAUUUAAGGAUAGACACGACGUGAGGCGUAGGCUUUUCCAGAACCAGUUGGGAUAUAACUGCAGGCUAUAUAGCUAGCUGUUAUAUAUUUUUUAUGUAAUAUAUGCAUUGUUCUCCAAAACGAUGAUGUGUGCUGCUGCGGCAGCUGCAGCUGGUGGAGGGAUUCUGCCAUCGCCUUCCAUGGGACUAGGCGACAGAAUAAUUUCUGGAGUUGAUGCCGAUUUCGCCUCCUUUGGAUCGGGUAUGGGUGCGUGUCGAACACCGGGAACGGAGUCGGACUGCCGGAGUCGAUACCAGCUUCUACUUUCUGGGCGAGCUUUGGCGGAAAGAUAUAGGAGGAUUUAUACCACGGCUAUUAAUGACAAAGAGCAAGGGAUAAAUCAAGGAAGAGGGAAGAAAGCUUUGAGCAAGAAAAAACUGAAACGGCGUCAAAAGGUCAAGUCAAAAGUCAAAACAAGAACAAAGACAGAGAGCCUUGAUGGGGCCUUCUGUGUGCCUGACAUAAAGCUGCACAGCAACCCCUCAGCAUUCAAUGUGUACUGCAAUGUGCGCCAUUGCGUGCUGGACUGGCAGCAGCGAGAGGCGUCUCUGGCGCUGGCUUCUCGGAGCUCUGUGCAGAGCUGCGACUCUGAUAGCGAGGAGGAGGAGGAGUACCGUGAACCUGCCAUCAAGCUUCCCAAGAUUAUUGGCAUUGGUCUGUGUGGGGUGUUUGAACUAAUCAAGGAGACACGGUUCUCCCACCCCUCACUAUGCCUGCGGAGCCUACAGGCCCUGCUGGACAUGCUGCAAGGACAGCAACCAGAGGGAUUCCAGACAGAACCUCCUGAUGUACUAGAAUCUCUAUUCCACCUGCUGCUGGAGACAACAGUGCGAAGCACUGUAAUGAAUGAUCCCACGGGGCAGGCACUUGCUGCCCUGUCCUGUGCCUGCCUGUUCAGUCUGGUGGUGUCCUGGGGAGACACGGGCAAGACUCUGCAGGCUGUCUCCGCUAUCCUCACCAACAACGGCAGUCAUGCUUGCCAGACUAUUCAGGUGCCAACCAUUCUGAAUGCACUACAGAGGAGUGUGCAGGCCGUAUUAGUGGGAAAGAUCCAGAUCCAGGAUUGGUUUGGCAAUGGUAUCAAGCGAGCGGCGCUGAUGAAUAAGUGGGUACUGAAGGAGGUGACCAUCGAUGCGGAUGAGCGCUGCCUGCUGCAGACAGAUGGUUCUUUCCUCUAUCUGCUCUGCAAGGAUGGCCUUUACAAAGUGGGCUCAGGCUACAGUGGCACUGUCAGGGGUCAUGUGUAUAAUUCCACAUCACGCAUCAGGAAUCGGAAGGAGAAGAGAUCAUGGUUGGGCUUUGCUCAGGGAUGUCUGUUAUACCGGGAUAUGAGUAACAACUACAGUACAUCAGCAAUUAAGAUCAACCCAGAGACUCUGGAGCAUGAGGGAACCAUCACCAUGCCAGGUCUACAUGCAGAUGGCCAGAACAUUGUUUUUACUGAUGGAGAGUACAUUAACCAGAUUGCUGCCUGCAAAGAUGAUGGGUUUGUUGUGCGAAUCUACGCUACCAGUACCGACACGGCACUGCAGCAGGAGCUCCAGCUGAAGCUGGCUAGGAAGUGUCUCCAUGCCUGUGGAAUCUCUUUGUUUGACCUGGAGAAAGACCUACACAUCAUCAGUACAGGGUUUGAUGAGGAAGCGGCUUUGCUGGGAGCAGGCAGGGAAUUUGCUUUGAUGAAAACUGCCUCAGGAAAGAUCUACUACACAGGGAAGUACCAGAGCCUGGGCAUCAAGCAGGGUGGUCCGUCAACAGGUAAAUGGGUGGAACUGCCCAUCACCAAGUCUCCUAAGAUUGUCCAGUUCUCAGUGGGCCAUGAUGGUUCGCAUGCCCUGUUGGUGACCGAGGAUGGCAGCGUGUUUUUCACAGGCUCUGCCAGCAAGGGAGAGGAUGGAGAGUCCACCAAGAGCCGCCGCCAGCCAAAACCCUACAAGCCCAAAAAGAUGAUGAAGCUGGAGACCAAGAUAGCAGUAAACACAGCCUGCAACAAUGGCAGCAGCAGCAUUGUCACCAAGGAUGGAGAGCUCUACAUGUUUGGCAAGGAUGCCAUCUACAGUGACGGCACAUGCCAAGUGUCAGAUCUGAAAGGUCACAUUGUGACACAGGUAGCUAUGGGGAAGGCCCACACCUGUGUUCUGACCAAGAGUGGAGAGGUCUGGACGUUUGGGGUCAAUAACAAAGGCCAAUGUGGCCGAGAAACAGGGGCCAUAAACCAGACGGGAAAAGCAUUUGGCGUAGAGUGUAUGGCAACAGCUAUGGAUGAGGACCUAGAGGAUGAGCUAGAGAAAGAAGAGGAGAAGAGCAUGAUGUGCCAGCCAGGAAUGCACAAAUGGAAGCUGGACCAAUGCAUGGUGUGCACCGUGUGUGGAGACUGUACUGGCUAUGGAGCCAGCUGUGUUAGCAGUGGACGGCCCGACCGGGUACCUGGAGGUAUCUGUGGCUGUGGUUCGGGAGAGUCUGGUUGCUCAGCAUGUGGCUGCUGUAAGGCCUGUGCCAGGGAGCUGGAUGGACAGGAGGCCAGACAGAGGGGCAUCUUUGACGCUGUCAAGGAAAUGAUACCUCUAGAUUUACUGCUAGGAGUCAAUAUUGAGGAGCACAUCCAGAUCCGGCAGGAGGAGAAACGCCAGCGGAUCAACCGUCGACAUCGGUUGGAGGAGGGAAGAGGCCCCCUUGUUUUUCCUGGCCCCAUAUUAAUGAACCAGCGUGAGCAGGCCCUAGCCAGACUCAGACCCCUACAGGUCCUAAGGCAUAAACGGGACAAGCAGAAAGAUGGAAGCAGCGAGCGAGGGGAGAAGGAUGCCAGUAAGAUCACCACCUACCCCCCUGGGGCAGUGCGCUUUGACUGUGAGAUGAGAGCUGUGCAGGUCAGCUGUGGAUUUCACCAUUCGGUGGUGCUGAUGGAGAAUGGGGAUGUCUAUACAUUUGGCUAUGGUCAGCAUGGUCAGCUUGGACACGGAGACGUCAACUCAAGGGGUUCACCUACACUGGUGCAGGCCCUCCCAGGUCAGAGUGUCCAGGUGACAGCUGGUAGUAACCACACAGCCGUGCUCCUCACUGACGGACAGGUUUUCACCUUCGGCAGCUUCUCGAAAGGUCAGCUGGGAAGGCCAAUCCUGGACAUGCCCUACUGGAAUGCCAAGCCCUCUCCAAUGCCCAACAUUGGUGCCAAGUAUGGCCGUAAAGCCACCUGGAUCGGGGCCAGUGGCGACCAGACCUUUCUGAGAAUCGACGAGGCCCUCAUUAACUCACAUGUGCUUGCUACCUCUGAGAUCUUUGCCAGCAAACACAUUAUUGGUUUAGUCCCCACCUCUGUGUCGGAGCCCCCUCCCUUUAAAUGUCUGCUCAUCAACAAGCUGGAUGGCAGCUGCCGCACCUUCAACGACUCGGAACAGGAAGACCUGCAGGGCUUUGGCCUCUGUCUUGACCCUGUCUUCGAUGUCAUCUGGAGGUUUCUGCCGGCAUCAAGCGAGAUGUGGUGCUACAACGCAGUGAUAGCUGAUGCCCGUGUGCCCUCAGCGACAGACCUCCAAGCACGCUGCAGCAUUCUCAGCCCAGAGUUGGCUCUGCCCACCAGCUCCCAAGCCACCACAACCCGCUCUCAUGGAGCCCUACACAUACUGGGUUGCCUGGAUACACUAGCGGCCAUGCAGGAGCUGAAGAUGGGCGUGGCCAGCACAGAGGAGGAGACACAGGCAGUUAUGAAGGUCUAUUCCAAGGAGGAUUACAGUGUUGUCAACCGCUUUGAAAGUCACGGUGGUGGCUGGGGUUAUUCUGCCCAUUCGGUGGAGGCUAUUCGGUUUUGUGCUGACAUGGACAUCCUGCUAGGGGGGCUGGGCCUCUUUGGGGGCCGUGGGGAGUACACUGCUAAGAUUAAGUUGUUUGAGCUGGGACCUGACGGUGGAGACCAUGAGACAGACGGGGACCUCCUGGCUGAAACUGACGUUCUGGCUUACGACUGUGCUGCCAGGGAGAAGUACGCCAUGAUGUUUGAUGAGCCAGUCCUGCUGCAGCUGGGUUGGUGGUAUGUGGCUUGGGCUCGUGUGUCUGGGCCCAGCUCAGACUGUGGCUCACAUGGACAGGCCACCAUCACCACAGAUGACAGUGUGGUCUUUCAGUUCAAGAGCUCCAAGAAGUCAAACAACGGUACUGACGUGAAUGCUGGGCAAAUACCUCAGCUUUUGUACAGGCUUCCUUCAAAUGAUGGCAAUGCAGCCAAAGGGAAACAGCAGACCAGUGAGCCAGUACACAUACUCAAACGCUCCUUUGCUCGAACAGUCUCAGUGGAGUGUUUUGAGUCACUACUGAGUAUCUUACACUGGAGCUGGACCACUCUAGUCCUGGGGGUGGAGGAGCUAAGGGGCCUGAAAGGCUUCCAGUACACGGCUACCCUGCUGGAUCUUGAACGCCUGCGCUUUGUUGGGACCUGCUGCCUGCGCCUGCUUCGCGUCUACAUUUGUGAGAUCUUCCCCAUCUCUGCCAGCACUAAGGCAGUGAUAGAGGAGUCCAGCAAGCUGGCGGAAUGUGUCGGAAAGACCCGAAGCCUUCUUAAGAAGGUCCUGUCAGAAGGCAUGGACAACUGCCUGACCAAGCUGGACAAUGACCCGCAGGGCUACUUGUCCCAGCCGCUCACCCUGUUGGAAGCCGUGUUGCAGGAGUGCCACAAUACCUUCACCGCCUGCUUCCAUUCCUUCUACCCAACACCUGCGUUGCAGUGGGCCUGCCUCUGUGACCUGCUCAACUGCCUGGACCAGGACAUUGCCGAGGCCAACUUCCGCACAUCUAGUAGCCGACUACUGGCAGCGGUCAUGUCUGCACUAUGCAAUACUUCGGUCAAGCUGACGUCCAUAUUGCCCAUUGCUUAUGAUGGUGAGGUCCUACUGCGUUCGCUGGUCAAGCAGGUCAGCACAGAGAAUGACUCUGCGCUUGCCCACCGCUUCCCCCUGCUUGUAGCACACAUGGAGAAACUCAGCCACACUGAAGAGAACCUGAUGGGAAUGACUAGUUUCCGGGAGGUUUUGGAGAAGAUGCUGGUGAUUGUGGUACUGCCUGUGAGAAAGAGUCUUAGAAAGGAAGUGGAGCUCUUCUCUCCCCACUUGGUCUCCAACACCUGUGGCUUGCUCGCUAGCAUAGUCUCUGAGCUCACUGCCUCUGCACUGGGCUCCGAGGUGGAUGGUCUGAACUCGCUGCACUCAGUGAAAUCCACUCCCAACCGCUUCACCAAGACAAGCCAGGGCCGCAGCUGGAACACAGGCAACGGUUCUCCAGAUGCCAUCUGUCUGACGGUAGACAAACCCGGCGUGGUUCUGGUGGGCUUCUGCGUCUAUGGGGGCGGGGGCAUCCAUGAGUACGAGUUGGAGGUUCUUGCUGAUGAUGCCCAGACCGACCACCCUGGUGACUCUACACACACCCACAGAUGGACAUCUCUGGAGCUAGUGAAGGGAACCUAUAGCACUGAUGAAUCCCCAAGCGACAUAGCUGAGAUACGCCUCGACAAGGCUGUGCCUCUAAAGGAGGGUGUGAAAUAUGCUGUUCGCCUGCGUAACUAUGGCAGCCGUACUGCCAAUGGGGAUGGAGGGAUGACCACGGUUCAGUGUUCAGAUGGCGUUUCCUUCACUUUCAGUACCUGUAGUCUGAGCAGCAACGGAACCAACCAGACCAGAGGACAAAUACCACAGAUACUAUACUACAGGAGUGAGUACGACGGGGAUCUGCAGUCCCAGCUGAUCAGCAAAGCCAAUGAGGAGGACAAGAACUGCAGCAGGGCUCUCUCCGUGGUCAGUGCCGUAGUCAGAGCUGCCAAGGAUCUACUUCACAGGGCAUUUGCCGUGGAUGCGGAGGACAUCCCUGAGCUUCUGAGCUCUUCCAGCCUGUUUUCUAUGCUACUCCCUCUCAUCCUGGCCUACAUCGGCCCUGUGGCUGCCUCGGUACCCAAGGCUGCAGUGGAAGUUUUUGGUCUGGUACAGGAGUUACUUCCUGCUGUCUCUGCUCUGAACCAGAAGUAUGCCCCACCGGCUUUCAAUCCUAACCAAUCAACAGACAGUACCACAGGCAACCAACCGGACCUCGGCCUAUGCGCUUGCACCACAUCCAGUCACUAUGCUGUUAUAGAGAGUGACCAUCCUUACAAGCAGGCUGGAGUUACACAGUAUAAGGUGGCAUUCCCGGACUGUGUGCGGUGGACCACCAUUGAGUUUGACCCCCAGUGUGGCACAGCCCAGCCAGAAGAUGUCCUCCGCCUGCUUAUCCCCAGCCGCUCAUUCAACAUGUCCAGCCUCGGCACCAAACACCUGGCCCACGACAGCAUCAACACAUGGGUGGAGCUCAAGAAGAUCUCCGGCUCCAGUGGCUGGCCCACUACUGUUCUAGUGCUGCCAGGAAAUGAAGCUCUGUUCUCCUUGGAAACAGCAUCUGACUAUGUUAAAGAUGAAAAGGCCUGUUUCUAUGGUUUCAAGUGUGUUGCUGUGGGAUACGAAUUCAAUCCUGGACCAGAUGAGGGUAUUAUCCAGCUGGAGAAGGAGUUGGCAUACUUAGGCAGUGUUUGUGCUGCUGCUCUCAUGAAGAAGGACCUUGCUCUGCCUAUAGGGAAUGAACUUGAAGAAGACCUUGAGAUUCUCGAAGAGGCCUCUCUCCAGGUGUGUAAGGCCCACUCUGGUAUCCUGAGCAAGGGGCUCGCCUUGUCCCACUCUCCUACCAUCCUGGAGGCUCUGGAGGGUAACCUGCCCCUGCAUCUACAGACCAACGAGCACUCCUUCUUGGAGGACUUUAUCACCUGUGUACAGAACUCCAGUGGAGGGCGACUGGCCAGGUGGCUGCAGCCAGACUCUUACGCGGACCCACAGAAGACUUCUCUGAUACUGAAUAAGGACGACAUCCGCUGUGGCUGGCCUACCACAGUGGCUGUCCAGACCAAAGACCAGUACGGAGAUGUGGUGCAUGUGCCCCACAUGAAGGUGGAGGUAAAGGCAGUGCCUGUCUCCCAGAAGAAGUCCAUGCAACAGGAGUGCAUGAGGAAGCUGCAACGCCUCCCAGGCAGUGCCAACACCUCUUCAGGCACUGCUGACCUGACAUUUGGAGGCCUGCCCAUGCCCAAGUUGGAGGCCACUUACGAGCCCAUGAUUGUCAAGGAGGCACGCUAUAUUGCCAUCACAAUGAUGAAGGCCUAUGAGAAUUACUCAUUUGAGGAGCUUCGAUUUGCUUCGCCCACUCCAAAGAGGCCCAGUGAGAACAUGUUAAUCCGGGCCAACACAGAUGGGACAUACAGUGCAAACUGGACCCCAGGGGCUGUUGGCCUCUACACCAUUCACGUCACCAUCGAUGGCAUCGAGAUUGAUGCUGGUCUGGAGGUGGAGGUGAAAGACCCUCCUAAAGGCAUGAUCCCACCAGGCACACAGAUGGUUAAACCCAAGGCUGAGCCCCAACCUAGCAAGGUUCGCAAAUUUGUGUCCAAGGACAGCGCAGGCCUCCGUGUGCGUAGUCACCCCUCCCUGCAGAGUGAACAGAUAGGCAUAGUGCAAGUCAAUGGAACAAUCACUUUCGUUGAUGAGAUCCACAAUGAUGAUGGUGUUUGGCUCAGGCUGAAUGAUGAGACAGUUAAGAAGUAUGUGCCCAACAUGAGGUACACUGAAGCCUGGUGCUCUCUUUUAAACCAGCACAUGGGUAGGAGCCUGCUUGUCCCAGCCGACGUGGUGAACACAGAGGGAACGUGGGUGCAGCUCGAUAAGAACAGCGUAGUGGAGUUCUGUGAAAGCGAUGAUGGAGAGGCUUGGUCUCUGGCCCGAGACCGUGGGGAAAACCAGUAUCUACGCCAUGAGGAAGAACAUAUCCUCCUGGAUCAUGGGGCCCAGACACCACCACCUAGUCCCUUUUCGGUCCAGACCUUCAACCAGGCUACUGCAGCUAAUGGGGCACAGGGCUUUGACUAUGGCAUCUCAAAUAACAAAGGUGACCAACGGUUGAGUGCCAUACUGAAUAGUGCCAUUCAGUCUGGGCCCUUCCUCCCUCCAGCCGCUUCUCCCUCCUCUUCCUCCGUAUUUGAGCAAGCCGCCCAACCUCCCUCUUCCUCCUCCUCCCUUGUCCACAGCCCAUUUGUGUUUGGACAAUGCCCCAGUUCCCAAGUGUCACAGCCACAGCUUCCGAAUGGUUCAUCAUCAAGCAGCCUCGUAUCUUCUCGUGAGCGUGUGCACAAAAGCAGUGAGUCCAAAGCUGGACAUGGUUCUGCUCUUUCAUCUCUUGCUCUCAGACAAAAGGGUAACUCAGGGACACGGCUCAGUUCCGCAGCCACCAAACACCGCCAGGAAAGCCACUCUCCAAAACAGGAGGGACGCGGCAGUCGCUCCUCAGACCAUUCCAAAAGCAAGGACCUGUCAGCUAGCGAGGCACUGAUCCUGCGGUCGGACACAGGCAAGCUGCGGUCAGAUUCUCAUAGCCGCUCCCACUCACCCAACCAUAACACCCUGCAGGCGCUGAAGGCUGACGGGCGGGAUCGUAACUCUGGGCUGCGUGCUGAGUCACCCAAUCCUGGCUCCCGCUCCUCUUCACCCAAACAAAAAGGCAUGUCAUCCUCCGGAAGGUCUAGCCCCUCCAGCAUCUCCUUGCCUCGUUCCUCCCCCCAACACGACAAGAACCUUGCUCAGGACAAGAACCAACCAAUUGACAAGAACAUGCCACAAGAUAAGAACCAACCAGUUGACAAGAACAUGCUGCAAGACAAUACCCAACCCCAUGAUGAGAACCUGACACCAAAAGUAAGCCCCUCCUCCAUGGCUCGCCUUGACCCGCCCAGAGAAAGAUCAAAGUCGGAUUCCUACACCUUGGACCCAGACACCGUGAGGAAGAAGAAGGUCCCUCUAACCUCAGAGCCCCUGAGGGGAAGGUCCACCUCACCCAAACCCAAACUUCCACCCAAAGACGGGAGCAGUACAGGAGGUGACAGAAAUGUAGAGAACCGCACCCCAUCACCCCAUGUGACUCAGGAGAACCUUCACAGUGAGGUGGUGGAGGUGUGUACCUCUAGCACUCUACUUACCAAUGAUGAUGAAGGUAAUGACGAAAAUGCAGAAGUUUGCAACGUGGAGGACGGCUCCUCCAAAGUGCAUUUCAGCAUUGGCAAGGCACCUGUCAAGGAGGUGCUUGAGAGCAGCCGUUUGUCACCCAAAGUCAGCCGGAAGACUUCCAGCCGCCAUGUCCGCCCUAAAAAGGACAAGUCAGGGCCACUAUUUAAGGGUGAGAGUUCUUCAAAGCUCACAGAGCCUGCCAAGCAAGCCAUGUCACCCUCAGUGGCAGAGUGUGCCCGGGCAGUCUUUGCCGCAUUCCUCUGGCAUGAGGGCAUUGUCCAUGACGCCAUGGCCUGCUCCUCAUUCCUCAAGUUCAACCCGGAGCUUACCAAAGAGCAUGCGCCCAUCCGCAGCUCACUGGGUGGCCUUGGAAGCCAAGAGGAGAAGGAGAGUAAGCUGAAGAAUCGGCACUCAUUGGAGAUAUCCUCAGCCCUAAAUAUGUUCAACAUUGCCCCGCAUGGGCCUGACAUCUCCAAGAUGGGCAGCAUAAAUAAGAACAAGGUCCUUUCCAUGCUCAAAGAGCCACCAUUGCCUGAGAAGUGUGAGGAUGGCAAGGGAGAGCCCGUGUCCUACGAGAUGACCUCUCACCCCGCCAUGAGGACAAAGUCCAUCCUUCCACUCACCCUCCAGCACCUUGUUGCGUUCUGGGAGGACAUCGCCAUGGCAACCAUCAAGGCAGCCACACAGAACAUGAUUUUCCCCAGCCCUGGAUCUAGUGCCAUCCUGAAGAAAAAGGAGAAUGAGAAGGACAACAAGAAGUCCAAGAAGGAGAAGAAAAAAAGAGAGAAGGCAGAUGUGCGUCCAAGAGGGAACCUAUUUGGGGAGAUGGCCCAGUUGGCUAUGGGGGGACCGGAGAAGGACACCAUAUGUGAGCUGUGUGGGGAGUCGCACCCCUACCCUGUCACCUACCAUAUGAGACAGGCCCACCCAGGUUGCGGUCGAUAUGCAGGUGGCCAAGGCUACAACAGCAUCGGCCACUUCUGUGGGGGCUGGGCAGGGAACUGUGGAGACGGGGGGAUUGGAGGAAGCACCUGGUACCUGGUGUGUGACCGCUGUAGAGAGAAGUACCUGAGAGAAAAACAGACUGCAGCCAGGGAAAAGGUAAAGCAGUCAAGGAAAAAGCCCCUGCAGGUGAAAACACCGCGGGCACUCCCAACCAUGGAGGCCCACCAGGUGAUCCGUGCCAAUGCCCUGUUCCUGCUGUCUCUAAGCAGUGCCGCGUCGCCCAGCCUACUGUGCCAUCACCCGCCUCGUCCACUCCACUCCACACUGCCCAGCCUCAAGGAAGGUAUCUCAGACGAGAUGCCCAACAAAAUCGGCUGCCUUUACUUGCAAACACUGGCCAGGCAACACACAGAGAAUUUUGGUGUUUACCAGGAUGACAACCUGUUCCAAGAUGAGAUGAGGUACUUGCGCUCAACGUCUGUCCCUGCGCCCUACAUCUCAGUCACCCCUGAUGCUUGCCCAAAUGUGUUUGAGGAGCCUGAGAGCAACAUGAAGUCUAUGCCGCCCAGUCUGGAGACCAGCCCAAUCACAGACAGUGACUUGUCCAAGCGGACAGUGUUCCAGCGUUCCUACUCCGUGGUAGCUUCUGAGUAUGACAAGCAGCACUCUGCAUCUCCAGCCAGGAUCAAAGCUGUACCCAGACGCAGAGUCCACAGUGGGGAUGCUGAAUUAGGUUCCUCUCUCCUCCGCCACCCAUCCCCAGAACUGUCCCGUCUCAUCUCGGCCCAUGGAUCCCUAAGUAAAGGCGAGAGGAACUUUCAGUGGCCUGUCCUGGCCUUUGUCAUUCAGCACCAUGAUCUUGAAGGUCUGGAAGUAGCCAUGAAACAUGCUCUCCGCAAGUCUGCCUGCAGAGUGUUCGCCAUGGAGGCAUUCAACUGGCUCCUAUGUAACGUGAUCCAGACCACUUCACUGCACGACAUCUUGUGGCACUUUGUCGCCUCCCUUACCCCUUCACCCUUUGAACCUGAAGAAGAGGAGGAGGAAGAGAACAAAGCACCCGGAAACAAAGAAAUUGUGAUUGAGCAGGAGAGGGAUCUUGGUGUGUGUGAGCAUCCUCUGUCGGAUAUUGUGAUCGCAGGAGAGGCUGCCCACCCCCUUCCUCACACCUUCCAUCGACUCCUCCAGACCAUCUCCGACCUCAUGAUGUCACUUCCUAGUGGCAGCUCCCUGCAACAAAUGGCCCUCAGGUGUUGGAGUCUGAAGUUCAAGCAGUCGGACCACCAGUUCUUGCACCAAAGCAACGUGUUCCACCACAUCAACAACAUCCUGUCCAAGUCAGAUGACGGGGACAGUGAGGAGAGUUUCAACAUUAGUGUGCAGUCUGGUUAUGAAGCCAUGAGCCAGGAGCUGUGCCUGGUGACUUGUCUAAAGGAUCUGACAAGCGGGGUGGACAUCAAGACAUCUAGCCGCCCAGCCAUGAUUGGCAGUCUGACAGAUGGAUCCACUGAGACCUUUUGGGAGUCGGGUGAUGAGGACAAGAACAAGACCAAGAGCAUUACCAUCAGCUGCGUCAAGGGCAUUAAUGCCUCCUAUGUCACCGUGCAUGUGGACAACUCUCGCGACAUUGGGAACAAAGUCACAUCAAUGACGUUUCUAUGUGGCAAAGCCAUGGAGGACCUCUGCAGAAUCAAACAGAUCGAACUGGACUCGCGUCACAUUGGCUGGGUGACCAGUGAGCUUCCUGGUGGGGACAGUCAUGUGGUCAAAGUUGAGCUGAAGGGGCCUGAGAACACACUGCGGGUGCGCCAAGUCAAGGUGCUGGGAUGGAAGGAGGGUGAGAGCAUUAAGAUCGCAGGUCAGAUCUCAGCCAGCGUGGCCCAGCAGAAGAACUGCGAGGCUGAGACGCUACGUGUGUUCCGCCUCAUUACCUCACAGGUAUUUGGGAAGCUGAUUUGCGGAGAUGCUGAGCCCACCCCUGAACAGGAGGAGAAGAACCUUCUGUCAUCACCAGAGGGAGAAGACAAGGCACCAUCAGAUGCAGACCUGAAGGAACACAUGGUGGGCAUCAUUUUCAGCCGAAGCAAGCUGACCAACCUGCAGAAACAGGUGUGUGCACACAUUGUCCAGGCCAUCCGCAUGGAGGCAACAAGGGUACGCGAGGAGUGGGAGCAUGCAAUCUCCAGCAAGGAAAACGCUAACUCGCAGCCCAGUGAUGACGACGCCUCCUCGGAUGCCUACUGCUUUGAGCUUCUCUCCAUGGUGCUAGCGUUGAGCGGUUCCAACGUGGGCCGCCAGUAUUUGGCCCAGCAGCUUACGCUGAUGCAGGACCUGUUCUCUCUGCUACACACAGCGUCGCCUCGUGUCCAAAGACAGGUUACCUCUCUCCUCCGCCGCGUCCUUCCCGAGGUCACUCCCGUGCGCCUGGCUAGUAUCAUUGGCGUCAAGACCCUACCGCCUGCUGAUAUCAGUGACAUCAUCCACUCGACUGAAAAGGGUGACUGGAACAAGCUGGGCAUCCUGGACAUGUUCCUGGGCUGUAUUGCCAAGGCGCUCACUGUGCAGCUCAAGGCUAAGGGCACCAAUAUUGCCGGAACAGCAGGGAUGGCGGCAGGCAAAGGCGUCACUACUGUCACUCUGCCCAUGAUCUUUAACUCCAGCUACAUACGCCGUGGAGAGAGCCACUGGUGGAUGAAAGGAUCCACUCCUCCUCAGAUUGCUGAGAUCAUCAUCAAGCUUGUCAAAGACAUGGCUGCUGGGCACCUGUCAGACGCUUGGUCUCGUGUAACGAAAAACGCCAUUGCUGAGACCAUCAUUGCCCUCACCAAGAUGGAGGAGGAGCAUCGCUCCCCAGUCCGCUGCAUUGCCACCACCCGGUUGUGGCUGGCCCUGGCCUCCCUAUGUGUGCUAGACCAGGAUCAUGUGGAUAGGCUGUCCUCAGGCCGCUGGAUGGGCAAAGACGGGCAGCAGAAACAGAUGCCCAUGUGCGAUAACCAUGAUGACGGCGAGACGGCAGCUAUCAUCCUUUGUAACAUGUGUGGUAACCUGUGUACUGACUGUGAUCGCUUUCUCCACCUACACCGGCGCACACGCUCCCAUCAGCGACAGGUGUUUAAGGAGGAGGAGGAAGCAAUCAAGGUAGACCUCCACGAGGGCUGUGGGAGGACAAAGCUCUUCUGGCUCAUGGCUCUGGCUGACUCUAAGACCAUGAAGGCCAUGGUGGAGUUCAGGGAGCACACAGGAAAACCAGCCUCCAGCAACUCAGAUGCCUGCAGGUUCUGUGGCACCAGGAAUGGCACUGAGCUUUCAGCCGUGGGAAGUGUCUGCUCUGAUCCAGACUGCCAGGAGUAUGCCAAGCUGGCUUGUUGUAAGACCCACACAUGCGGCCACCCCUGUGGUGGGGUGAAGAACGAGGAGAGUUGCCUGCCCUGUCUGCAUGGUUGUGACAAGAGCACAGGCUGCCUGAAACAGGAUGCUGAUGACAUGUGCAUGAUAUGCUUCACAGAGGCGCUAUCUGCUGCACCUGCUGUCCAGCUGGACUGCAGUCAUGUGUUCCAUCUCCAGUGCACCCGUCGUGUCCUGGAGAACCGCUGGCUUGGGCCCAGAAUCACCUUUGGAUUCAUGUCCUGCCCAAUCUGCAAGAACAAGAUCAACCAUUCAGUCAUCAAGGAUCUAUUGGACCCUAUUAAAGAGCUAUUUGAGGAUGUACGGAGGAAGGCUCUAAUGAGAAUGGAAUAUGAGGGGCUGCACAAGAGUGAGGCCAUCACCACUCCAGGGGCCCGCUUCCACAAUGACCCAGCCGGCUUCGCAAUGAACCGUUAUGCUUACUAUGUCUGCUACAAGUGUAAGAAGGCAUAUUUUGGGGGAGAGGCACGCUGUGAUGCGGAGGCUGGACAAGGAGAUGACUACGACCCCAGCGAGCUUAUCUGUGGAGCAUGCUCAGAUGUCUCCAGGGCACAGAUGUGUUCCAAGCAUGGAACAGACUUCUUGGAGUACAAAUGCCGGUACUGCUGCUCGGUGGCUGUGUUCUUCUGCUUUGGUACCACUCAUUUCUGUAACGCCUGCCAUGACGACUUCCAGAGGAUGACUAGUGUACCCAAGGAGGAGCUACCUCACUGUCCUGCAGGUCCCAAAGGCAAGCAGUUGGAAGGGACAGAGUGCCCGUUACACGUGGUUCACCCACCCACCGGCGAGGAAUUUGCACUAGGGUGUGGAGUAUGCAGGAAUGCCCAUACUUUUUAAAAACACCCAGGUCGGAAUACCUGGAGACCUGUAUUGAACACACAUUCUUCUACUGUGACUGCAGGCUGUUUGAUAAAGCCUGAAUCACAUAUCUCCUUGAGUUGGCUCUUGUGUUGUCAGAUGGCCCUGGAAACUUUACCAGGAUUUCUACCUUACCCAAGAGUCUAGAUUUGUGCUCUUCUACCUACCAACAAGAGUUGUCAAGGCUUUACUCCAAAACAUACAAAGAGUUAUAUGGAUUGCAAAGGUAACUUCCAUGUUAAAAGUAAAAUUAUUAAAAAUAACAUAAAAACCUGUGACGUGUUUGCAUGCAGCCGUUGUAACCCCUCGGCUUCCAUAGAUGUUGCACACCUAAUCACUGAAGUGUAACAAUUUAUUGAAGAUUAAAAAAUGUAAUAUGGAAAAAAGUUUGCUUAAGGCAGGAGUGGACAAACUUGGAUAUAUAAAAGAAAAAAAUAACAGAAAGGCGGUAGCUUCCUAACUGAAAUAUUGUUGUAUGUAAACUGACUUUUUCUUAAUCCUGUACAGUAUUCUCUCCACUGUCGAGUGCAUCAUGAGUUGACAGACAAAAAAAAAGACAGGAAUAAAAAGAAUGUUAAGAAUAUUAUGUUUGGGAGGCAAAUAGUGUACGAUAUAUCUUGUAUAUAAUGAUAGUAUCCAAAAUAGCUGUAUUCCGAAGUUGCUACUCUACACUUCAGUUCCGAUUGAUAUUCUGGGUUAUGUUUUGAGCCAGAACUUUUAAUGAAGUGCAAUACUGGGUGUGCCUCCCUUCCUGCAGCUGUUUAACCUAUGGAAUGUAUGUCAAUAUAAGCCACUGUACAUUUUUAUACAGUGAUGAACCCGGUCAUGUAUUCUCCCCACUGAAAUGUCAGAUUACUUCUGAAGAUAAUGAGAAGCCCAGAGUAUGCACAGUAUGAAGGUUGAUUGGUGUAAACCUGUUUUCAGCUAUGUGAUAGUGGAAAAAAAAUAUAUAGCUUUUUUUGGAAAAAAUCAAUAAUCAACUCAGAAGAAGGGCAUACUAUAGGCUACCAUUGUAUUGUAAAGAAGUGAUGACUGAACAUUUUUGGGGGCUAGUCUUCACAUCGAAUAUAAAAAAUAAUUGUGGUUCCGUAAUGCUUUUCCAUUAGUAGGAGGCAGGGACAUGGGGGUCUCAGUAUAGAGGUGUGAGAAAAAAAAAACAGCUGCUGUUAUAAAAGCUUAAUACUUGUGAAUCUGCUCUGUAAUAUCUGUGGUGGAUGGAGUUGGAUGGUAAUAAACCAGGUUCUUUGUUUCGCAAGGUA